AUGUCAGGCAUCGAAGUCGCUGGCUUGGUCUUUGGAGUCGUCCCCAUUCUCAUAGAAGCAGUGAAGUCUUACCGAGUAUUGACGGAGAAACUGCAAAUUUUCAGGACCUACUCUACAGCCGUUCAGAGGAUUCGCCUUCGUGUCCGGAUUCAAGAAACCAGUUUUCGCAACGAAUACGAUGACAUAACCCUGCAAGAUAUGCUCAAGGACCCAGGCAAUUGGUAUUGGCAAGACAAGGCGUUAGACGAGAAGUUCCAGAAAUGUCUAUGUGGUGGUGGUCAAUAUGAGCUGUGUAGGGAGAUACUACAGGCCAUAUACGACGCUCUGACGGACAUCAAAAAGGAGAUGUCAUAUUUUGUCCAGACGGCCCAGACUGCUAACGCUGAGCCGAAAGGCGAUACCGCAACGAGGCUUCGUGAAGCCUUCCGUCUUUCGUUCAAAGAAAAGCAGUACAAGGAGAAACUGGAAGACCUUAGCGUGUGGAAUGCGGAGUUUGCACAUAUCAGAACGCAAAAUAGCGAACUUCAACAACCGCAGCAUGCUUCCACGGCAUGCAUUGUCCGCAAGCCAUUACCGCCGACGUACCCCGAAGUUCGACAGGCAUCAGAAAAGUUGCAUGAUACUUUGGAGAAGGCUUGGUGUUGCUCAAACUCCUCGCAUACUGGCCACCAGGCUAAGUUAUUGUUGGACGCAAAGGCCAAGAGUGGGAUCCGCCUGGAUAUGGCGAUAUCAUGUCGGCAAAAGAGCUCCACAGCUGUAGAAAGAUCACCCAUUGAACCACCAAUAUGGUUGUACGUGCAGUCGAUCACGACAAAUGGAAUGGUACCAAGGCCUGCUCUGCCCGCAUCAUCAUCACUUACAAGCGAACUCUCUACCCACCUAACUCAAACCAUCCAAUUAGCGCAGAAUUCGAAGGGCAAAGAGAGAGAUACCAAUCGUUUCGUCGACAGCAUGAAACAAUGCGUACGGAAAGCAAAGAGAGUUCGAUUUGCCGCACCCUUGGGCGAGGAAGAAGAUUCCAUGGAGAUAGGCUCGGUUCCAGCUAAAGCAGUUCGCUUCUGUCCUCAGGAUCCGGACGACGAAAGCAAGGGCGCUACAAACGCCAACGAUGACAGCAACGACGGAUGUCAUUCCACAUACAACCUUCGUGAUGCUAAAAGCAUUUGCUGUCAUCUGAAGCAGACCGCCUCCGCUUCUACGGUUGAUCACAAAGCAUCAUGCCUCGGAUAUCUUGAAACAGAUGAUCUCUUCAAGCUCGUCUUCUAUAGCGCAGACAACAAAGCCGCAGUCAGCAAUCAAGCAAAUACGAAAAUACAAAAAGAAGCAAUACCACUCCAGUCACUCCUUCAAGACUUACCCGUCAUCGAGCAAUUCAAGCUAGCACACCGGCUCGCAACCGCCGUGCUCCAAUACCACUCUACAGCAUGGCUCGCCCCCGAUUGGCAUCUCCGAGACCUAUCAUUCUUCAGCAAACCUCAGCAGAGUAUAGACAACACCCUGCGAGAUCUCCAAACACUGCAUCUCAGCACUCAAUUCCCACGAGCAGACAACACGCUCACCCAGCCAAUGGAGGGCGUCGAGUCCUCUGCAACAGCCACUCCUUCACAGCCGAUAACCGACCCCGAGCUGCUAUACGGGAUCAGCAACCUAACCUUGGCGAACUUAGGUCUCGCGCUGCUCGAAAUCGGCUACAAGAAAGAAGUGCAUAGUUUUCGGCACACGCGCGAUCCGCACGACGUGGUCACGGUGCGGAAGCUGCUGGCAGGCCUGCACACGACGCUGGGCGCGAGAUACCAGGCCAUUGUCCGGAAGUGCAUAUACUGUGACUUUGCGUUUGGCACGGACUUGGAAAGGACAGAGCUGCAGAGUGCUGUUUACAGUGACGUUGUGUGUCCGCUCGAAGAAAUGAUAAAGAGUUAUGAGAACCUGACCCUUGGAGGGUAA